AUUACUAGUAACGUAUGCUCUUUACGAGAAAAAAAUCCCAAAAAAUCCUGUCCAAUCCUACCGGCAUAACAAAAUGAAGACGCUCGAUCACGUUCGAUUCAGCACGUGGUAUUCGUGAUUAUUCUGGAAGAUCUAAAGAUUUUGGAAAUUGAUCCGAUUUGAGAACAUUUAAAAUAUCAUUUAGUUUCUGUGUUACUGUCUCUGCCAAAAAAGCAUUUUCAACUUGAGUUAUUAACGUAUAUCAAAAGUAAAGAAGAUUGUUUAAAAGAAUCAGUGUAUCAAGAAUACUAAGCAUUACAAAAUUACAAACGGACAACUUGGUACUACAAUUUACUAUUUAAAAAAAAAGAAAAAAUAUUACCUCACUUGUCAGAAUAUAUAAUAUAUUAGACAAUGGACAAAAAACAGGAGUCACGAUGGAUUAUGAAAGAGCAUGAAAAUUUUGAGGAAUAUACAUAUAAUACUUCAGACAAAUCAACGGCAUUGGAGAAACUUGUAAAGAAUCUGAAGAUAAAUAUAGUACAAGAACAAGAUAGAGAAAUAGAAUUUGACAUAAUUGGCUGUCAUACUUCGUUAGCUAAUGCAUUCCGUAGGAUUCUUCUGAGUGAAGUACCAACUAUGGCUAUUGAAAAAGUUUAUAUUGUAAAUAAUACCAGCUUGCUCCAAGACGAGAUUCUUGCACAUAGAUUGGGCCUUAUACCUCUUCGCGCGGAUCCUAGAUUAUUUGAAUAUCCUCCAAGCAAUGCAAGAGCGGAUGAUGAAAUCAGUGAUCAGGACACUCUAAGAUAUGAGUUAAAGGUCACAUGUACUGUGAAUCCGCAAGCUCCGAAAAACUCUCAUAAUCCGGAGGAUAUGUACAAGAAUAGCAAAGUUUAUAGUAAGGACAUUAAAUGGGUGCCAAUAGGCCAACAAGGAGAAAUGUUUCCACGCGGAGCAGAAGAGUUUGGUGUUCUAGAAAACGACAUAUUACUAUGUAAAAUGCGUCCUGGUCAUGAGAUUCACUUGUUUAUGCAUGCAAUCAAAAGCAUCGGCAAAGAUCACGCUAAAUUUUCUCCUGUGGCCACUGCAUCAUAUCGCCUCUUGCCAGCCAUUCGACUAACCAAGCCUGUGAGAGAUAAAGAUGCGGAUCUUCUGCAAAGCUGUUUCAGCCCUGGUGUGAUAGAAAUUGUAGAACAAGAGACAAAUACAGGUCAGAAGUACCGCGAGGCACGUGUUAAAAAUGCUCGCUAUGAUAGCUGUUCCAGAAAUGUUCAUCGUUACGAUCAAUUAAAGAAUUGCGUGGAACUGAGUCGAGUAAAAGAUCAUUUUAUUUUUACCAUAGAGUCUGUAGGAAUAUUACCACCAGCCGUGUUAUUCGCGGAAGCCGUUAAAGUACUCAAGAAUAAGUGCAGAACAUUUCUCGCGGAGCUAGAAAACGCAGGAACAUAAAUUUAAGCAAAAUGAUCUCGGUGAGGCUAACGUCAUCAAAAAUUUAUCAGACAGUUGACCAUACGUUUUGUAAACAGUAAUAAUAAGAUCGUUCAAGUAAAUCGGUAUCAAUAUAUAUUAGUUUAGCUAUUUAUUUUUAAUUGAAUAAUAAAAUUAUUUUACUUAAUCUUUUAAA